AUGACGGCUUUGAAAGUUCAACUGAAGGAUCAGUCCUUGCUGAUCGGCCAAAACUACAUUGACGGAAAAUGGCUUGAGGCCGAGUCUGGCAAGCGUUUCGACGUCAUUGACCCGGCUACUGGGGCGAUUGUCGGAUCCUGCCCCGAAUCAAACGCCCAGGAUGCGCAAAGGGCGAUCGCAUCGGCAGCUGCGGCAAUGCCCGCAUGGCGCUCGCGUUCAGGUCGCAACCGAGGUCGUUUGUUGCGCCGGUGGUAUGACUUGAUCAUGGAGAACCAGGAGGACCUUGCCACCCUGAUCACUUUGGAGAACGGAAAAGCGAAGCCCGAUGCCGCGGGCGAAGUUCUUUUUGCCGCGAGCUUCCUAGAGUGGUUCUCUGAGGAGGCUGCGCGCGUGUAUGGAGAUGUCAUUCCUCACAGCCAACCGAACUUCCGUGUCUCUGUCUUGAAGGAGCCCAUCGGUGUAUGCGGUCUGAUUACACCAUGGAACUUCCCCGCGGCGAUGAUUACUAGGAAGCUGGGACCGGCACUGGCCGCCGGAUGCACAGUCGUCGUCAAGACUGCUGGUGAGACACCACUUACGGCGAAUGCUUUGAUCAAACUCGGCGAGCGCGCUGGUAUCCCGGCUGGUGUCAUAAACAGCGUGACUGCCCUCGAAAAUACACCUGAGAUCGGAAUGACUCUCUGCACCUCCGAAGUCGUCCGCAAGAUCUCCUUCACUGGAUCCACCAGGGUUGGAAAGCUCCUUGCGGAACAAUCAAGCACUUCCUUGAAGAAGCUUGGCCUCGAAUUGGGCGGUAACGCACCUUUCAUUGUUUUCGACGAUGCCGAUCUUGACCUGGCCGUGGAGGGAACAAUUGGUAGCAAGUUCAAGUCUUCGGGACAAACCUGCGUGUGCUCCAACCGCAUCUACGUUCAGAAGAGUAUUUACCCUGAAUUUAUGCACCGCUUGAAGGCCAAAGUGAGCAAGUUCCAGCUCGGUAACGGCUUUUCCAAUGAGACCACCCACGGUCCUUUGGUGACACCUGCGGCCGCCCAAAGGGUUGCUGGUCUUGUUGAAGAUGCUAAAAAGCGUGGUGCGGUGGUAGAGAUGGGUGGAAGCCAAAGAACGGAUCUGGGCCCGAACUUCUUUGAGCCCACUAUCCUCACCAACGUCACGGCCGAUAUGGCACUGGCUAAGGAGGAGAUCUUCGGCCCUGUCGCACCUAUUUUCACAUUUGAUACCGAAGAUGAGGUCGUUGCAACCUCCAACGCAUGCGACGUGGGACUGGCAUCAUACAUCUUCACCAAGGAUGUAACUCGCGCCAACCGUGUUUCAGAGCUCCUGCAAUUCGGUAUGGUGGCCAUCAACACGGGUGUCGUUUCUGAUGCUGCUGCUCCUUUCGGUGGUAUCAAGCAUUCCGGCAUGGGUCGUGAGGGAAGCAAAUAUGGUAUUGAGGAUUAUCUUCAAACUAAGACUGUCGUCACUGGAAACGUACAUGUGGUACACAAAGCUUCUCUUUAA